AGAAGGUGAGCUCAGUUAGGUUUUGACAGCGGAACGCGUAGGUACAGCGAAGCGGGUAGCAACGGGAAGCGGGUUUAGUGUAGAACAGAACAGAACAGACCACAAAGUACAGAAAAAUUAAAAACGACUACAGACUACGAUAUUGUUAAACAGUUUACCUAAAAACAAACCGAAAGUUAAAGUUGUGUUUAUGUUUAAUCGUUGAGUUAUUGUUAUUUCAAAAGUUAAACGAGCGUUGUUAUUGAGACAUUAAGAAAAAUACCAAAAAUAAUCGUUACCGAGUUAAACCAAAAGUUCAAAAAAACGAAAAAGCCUUUCGAAAAUGUCUUUCUCCAAGGCUAAGCUAAAGCGUUUCAACGACGUGGAUGUGGCCAUCUGCGGGUCGCCGGCUGCGUCCAACAGCUCGGCGGGAUCGGCGGGCAGUGCCACGCCCACCGCGUCUUCGGCAGCCGCUGCUCCGCCCACCGUUAAACCGGAGCGCAAGGAGCAGAUCGAAAAGUUCUUCAAGGACGCCGUGCGCUUCGCGUCGAGCUCGAAGGAGGCCAAGGAAUUCGCCAUUCCCAAGGAGGACAAAAAGUCCAAGGGAUUACGCCUCUUCCGUACUCCUUCGUUGCCGCAGCGCCUGCGCUUCCGUCCGACACCCAGUCACACAGAUACGGCCACCGGAAGCGGAAGUGGCGCCUCAACAGCGGCAUCCACUCCGCUGCAUUCGGCAGCCACCACACCCGUGAAGGAGGCCAAGUCCGCCAGUCGUCUGAAGGGCAAGGAGGCACUCCAGUACGAAAUCCGUCACAAGAACGAGCUGAUCGAGAGCCAGUUGAGCCAACUGGACGUACUGCGCCGCCAUGUGGAUCAGUUAAAGGAAGCCGAGGCCAAGUUGCGCGAGGAGCAUGAGUUGGCCACCAACAAGACGGACCAGCUCAUUGAAGCCCUGACCACUGAGAAUUUGUCGCACAAAGCUUUGAACGAGCAGAUGGGCCAGGAGCACGCUGAUCUCCUGGAGCGUUUGGCCGCCAUGGAGCAUCAGUUGCAGCAGCAGCGCGAGGAGCAUGAGAGCCAAGUGGAGGCGUUGGUUGCCGAGAGCGAAGCACUGCGUCUUGCCAACGAGCUGCUCCAGGCGGCGAAUGACGAUCGUCAAAAGGUGGAGGAGCAGUUGCAAGCACAACUCUCUGCCCUUCAAGGAGACGUGGCUCAGGCCCGCGAGCACUGCAGCCUGGAACAGGCCAAGACCGCCGAGAACAUCGAGCUGGUGGAGAAUCUCCAGAAGAGCAAUGCCUCCCUGUUGGCCGACGUGGUCCAGCUGAAGCAGCAGAUCGAACAGGAUGCCCUGUCCUACGCUCAGGAGGCCAAGAGCUGUCAGGCGGAACUGGAGUGUCUGAAGGUGGAGCGCAACACCCUGAAGAACGACUUGGCCAACAAGUGCACCUUGAUCCGCUCGCUGCAAGACGAGCUCCUGGACAAGAACUGCGAGAUCGAUGCUCACUGCGACACUAUCCGCCAGUUGUGCCGGGAACAGGCGCGCCACACCGAGCAGCAGCAGGCGGUGGCCAAGGUGCAGCAGCAGGUGGAGAGUGACCUGGAGAGCGCUGUGGAGCGGGAGAAGAGCUACUGGCGCGCCGAGCUGGACAAGCGCCAGAAGCUGGCCGAGAACGAGCUGAUCAAGAUCGAGCUGGAGAAGCAGGACGUGAUGGUGCUGCUGGAGACCACUAAUGAUAUGCUGCGCAUGCGCGACGAGAAGCUGCAGAAGUGCGAGGAGCAGUUGCGCAACGGCAUCGACUACUACAUCCAGCUGAGCGACGCACUGCAGCAGCAGCUGGUGCAGCUGAAGCAGGACAUGGCCAAGACGAUCACCGAGAAGUACAACUAUCAGUUGACUUUGACCAACACUCGAGCCACCGUCAACAUACUGAUGGAGCGUCUAAAGAAGUCCGAUGCGGAUGUGGAGCAGUACCGUGCGGAGCUCGAAUCGGUGCAGCUGGCCAAGGGAGCGCUGGAGCAGAGCUAUCUGGUGUUGCAGGCGGACGCAGAGCAACUGCGCCACCAAUUGACCGAGAGCCAGGAUGCGCUCAACGCACUGAGAUCUUCCUCCCAGACGCUGCAGAGCGAGGUAUCGUUGAAGGAGUCCUUGCUCCACGAGCUGCUCGCCGGCGAGGCGGAGACGUUGGCUAAAUUCAAUCAGAUUGCAAACUCGUUCCAGGAGCGCAUCGAUGGCGACGCCCAACUGGCCCACUACCACGAGCUUCGCCGCAAGGACGAGACGCGCGAGGCCUAUAUGGUGGACAUGAAGAAGGCGCUCGAUGAGUUCGCCACUGUGCUGCAGUUCGCCCAGCUGGAGCUGGACAACAAGGAGCAAAUGCUUGUGAAGGUCCGCGAGGAGUGCGAGCAGCUCAAGUUGGAGAACAUUGCCCUCAAGUCCAAGCAACCGGCAUCUGCCUCCCUGCUAGGAACACCUGGCAAAGCCAACCGCUCGAACACCACCGAUCUGGAGAAGAUCGAGGAUCUGCUGUGCGACUCGGAGCUGCGAUCCGACUGCGAGAAGAUCACCUCGUGGCUGCUCAACUCCUCGGAGAAGUGCGUGCGCCAGGACAGCACCAGCGAGAUCAGCGAGCUCCUUUCCGCCGGCAAGUGCUCGCCCCGUCCCGCCCCCCGCACUCCCAAGGCGGCGCCGCACACCCCGCGCAGUCCGCGCACCCCCCACACCCCCCACACCCCACGAACACCCCGCUCGGCGGCCAGUACUCCCAAGAAGACUGUCCUGUUCGCCGGCAAGGAGAACGUGCCCAGUCCGCCACAGAAGCAGGUGCUCAAGGCACGCAACAUCUAGGCUAUUCCUUUGUACCAACUACUCUAUCGUACUAUUAUAAAUUAUAUACCUUAGCUAAGAUCCGAUUCGAAAUAUAAUAAAUACACGUUGCACACAACACAGCCGGAGGUGUUUUUGAAAUCUCUUUCGGGCACACUCCGACUAAAUAUCAAAUAUUUUGUGUUGUAUCUUUCGCGUUUUUGUAUGAGAUUAUCUAAAUCUUA